AUGGCCGAGCCCGACCUUCACCCACAACGGCGCUCCUCAUCCCAAGCUUCGUCGGCCUCGACCAAGAGCCAAAGGGCUAGAACUCUGCGAGCCCAAGUACAGAAACGCAAUUCCACCUCAUCAAACACUACCACCGACCUCACCUCUUUUCCCUCGCUUUCCCCGCCUGAUCGCUCCCCCACCUUGGCACGCGGGCUGACGAAUGCUCUCGCGGGCGAUGAUCCAGAUGGGAUAAAUGAGGCUGGGACUAGGCGAGGACGGAAGGGGACACUGGCGAAGCUUACAACUGGGAUACCCAACAACCCUGGCCGAGCGGCCCUUUUCGACGACUCGGUACUUCCCCACGAUGUUCCAGGUGCCCUACACCUGGCUGAAGAUACACACAUUGAGCGUUUAAUUGCGAGCACUGGACCGGUGAAGAUUGUGAGGCAGUUUGCACGAGACCUGGCGCAGCGCGAUGCUGAGAUAUCCGCUCUACGACAGCGCGCCGAUGCGCGCGAGCGCGAGCUCAAGCGGAUGCUCCGCGAGGUGUCAGUCUCGAACCAGGAUAUUGAGCGACGACUCUACCAGCUGGAGAACCCUAUCGAUGAUCGCAAUUCAGACGAGGAGAGUACUCAUUCUGGAGACCAAUCUUCUCAACAUUCUGCAGGCCUGAAUGGUCUAAUGUCCCAGGCUAUGGCAGACGCUGUUGGCUCUCAAGCUGAGGAUGAGCAGCCGGAUCUUCCGUCAAACUUCAAUGCCACUAUUCGUGCACUGCGGGCUGAGGAUGGCGUAAAGCAAGCUGAGAACGCCGCCAAUCGCAAGCGACAGGGUUCCCUCCGGGGCUGGGGAGAUUAUCUUUUCGGGACAUCGGCGGCCACCAGUCGAAAGACGAGUCGUGCCAGCAGUAUUGUCAGUGAUAUGAAAGAGAUUGAAGAGGACGAUGGAACUGAGCACCCGAGGGUUGCGAGUAACCCACCUCGCCGCAAAGCUCUUGACGAACAACUUUUUCAGCCUCCCGGGCAACUCUCUAGUAAUGGAGCGAAACAACGUCUUACGAGCAACUCUGCUAACGGAGAUGAUGCCAGUGUCCAUUCGCGUAAAUCAUCGCGUUCUAUCGGUUCAUGGACCAUCAAGCUCUUUGCGGGUGGUUCGCAGUCCAAGGACAGCGGUGACUCUGAGGCCAAUAGCGACUACGCAGCAGCAUCGGAUCAGAACAGGAAUCCCUCAGCGGCUGCUCCGAAGACCCCGAUGUCUGCAGUAGCUUCAUUGAAGAGAAUUGAUAGCAGUACCAAGGUUCCAUCUGCCAGAGGUCCUAGUGGGAUGAAUCCUGCAGGCAAGAAGACCCCUUCGUCUCGGAGGAACCCUGCAGGGAGCGUGGCACAGGGUAACGCCGCCGAAAGCACAGAACUCAGCUCGACCAAUCUUGGCCCCGUCGAAAUGGAUGCUAUACUCCCUGUCGAGUCGCGGCCGCCAAGUCUUGCCCCCAUCUACAACAAGUCUCUUUCACAGGAAUACCUCACCGACCGCUUCGGCUUCAUUUAUGACCAGCGGCGAAAGAAACGCCAACGUGAAGCGACUCCCGCUCGGCCCACCAAGCCCCCGCUGAAUAUUGCAGAAACUUUGGGGAAUCUUCGUGCUGAUGCUUCGGAUAUCGAGGAUGGAAAUGGCGAGCAGAACGACGAAUCCGUUAAAAGUCCCGUCUCUCCACCGGGGUCACCAAUUGAUCCAGAUAGUGGCUCCGUUGGAUUACGUCGCUGGCAGGAUUAUCUCCGAAUUCCUUCUCGCCCCACAGAACUGCUUUCUCAUACUCCCUCAGCAGCCCCAAUCGUUUCUUUGACCACCGCUUCUGAGAGUCGCCCUCAUAGUGGAUCUGUCUCAGUGGACAAAGAUGGUUCGUCUCUUUCGUUCCAGUCUAGUGCACAGCCGUCUGCAUUGACGUCGACAAUUACUGCUGAUAGUCCAGAAUUCGCUGGAUCUUCACAGGAGCCGUCCGUUCAGCGAACGGUAGCUAAGUCGAAUACGGCCGAGACCGAGCCUGUGAAACUGCUCCUAGAGCAGCUCACUGAUCUCCACGACAACCUUCAGCGGGACCGUGCCGUGCGAUGGAACGAAUUCCUGCGGAAAGUUCGUGCUGAGCGCCGGAAAGAAGGUGAGGCUGCGGCGGCAGCCACUUCAUCAGAUCGGACGAGUCUCGCCACUGUCGACACACCAGAGGCCUCCCUCACUGACGGAGAAGUGGUCGGAAUCGCUGGUCUCGGCAACAAGGGCAAGGUCGGCCGUGCUAAGUGGCGAGAGUUCCGUGCCCUCGUGCUUGGCGGUAUUCCGGUUGCUCUUCGUGCAAAAGUCUGGUCCGAGUGUAGCGGCGCUUCUGGCAUGCGCAUCCCCGGAUACUACGACGAUCUUGUACGCGGCGUGGGAGGCGAUGACCCUGACCCUUCUGUGGUUGCUCAGAUUGAUAUGGACAUUCGACGUACCUUGACUGACAAUGUGUUCUUCCGCAAAGGACCUGGGGUUGCCAAGCUCAAGGAAGUUCUUCUUGCAUACUCACGUCGCAAUGCAGAGGUGGGGUAUUGCCAAGGAAUGAACUUGAUUGCCGCGUCACUUCUCCUGAUUAUGCCCACUGCCGAAGAUGCGUUCUGGAUACUAGCGUCUAUGAUUGAGAUGAUUCUGCCUCAGCAUUACUAUGACCACGGUCUUCUUGCCUCUCGUGCUGACCAAGUCGUGCUGCGACAGUACAUCUCUGAGAUAUUGCCUAAUCUCUCGGCUCAUUUGGAGGAACUCGGUAUCGAGCUAGAGGCGCUCACCUUCCAGUGGUUCCUCUCGCUCUUCACCGACUGUCUCUCCGCGGAGGCUCUCUAUCGGGUGUGGGAUGUCGUGCUUUGCCUCAAUGUCACAAGUACGAUCGCACCUAACGGGGCUGGUUCGAACUUGAAAGACGCCAGUGAUAAGGCAGUCCCGGCCUCCGAUGACUUUGCCUCUGGCAGCGGAGGUGGCAGCACCUUCUUGUUCCAGGUGGCUCUCGCACUAUUGAAACUGAAUGAGCCAGAGCUCCUCACAACCUGUUCAACCCCCGCCGCUCUGUACACAUACAUCAAUCACCAAAUGACCAACCACGCGAUCAGUAUCGAUGGGCUGAUUCAAGCAAGCGAGGCUUUGCGGAAUGUGGUUCGCCGUGAAGAUGUAGUCUCACGUCGCGCUGUCGCUCUGGAUGAAAUGCGGCGGAUGAGCGGGGCCUCUCCGUGA